AAACUAGUUGUCGUUGUUUCGGAGCUCUUCAAAAUAUGCAGCGAAAAAUGUGUCUGUGAAUGUUACAAGUUAAUUUGGAACUGUGGUCUGCUUUAAAUUAAUACCUGCAGGAUAUGAUUUACUUAAACCUCAACGACUGGUAACCCCUUUCCAAUUAUCAACUUGAACUUGCAGUCUAUCUUCACAAUACAAUGGACGGAUUAUCAUAGACGUAAAUCAUUUCACAGCGUUUGUCAAAAUGAUUUAAUGUCUUGCGCGUACAAAUCCAGAGAACAUACCAGAGCAUUGGAAAUACGCAGGUACAAUCAUACACAUUCUCACUUGCAUAUCCGUGUUUGAGAUUUUUGCAUUAUAAUUCCUAGCGUAUAAAAAGUGUGCAUGUUACAGGACCAUAACAUCUCAAAGCACUUGACGCUCAGGUGCCACGUCUAGCACACAAUGUGCAUUCGAUGAAUCGUCCCACACUGCCUUCAAAAUCGAAAUAAUUUCCUUUGAUUCCCAAAGGGAGUUGCUCCAACUUUGCACCAUACAAUUAGCUUUCCCGCAAUGAGAACCCGCGUAGCAUUAUUUGCACUGGUCCUCAUAAGCCAGAGCAUAGCAGUCCACCCGGAAGUCGCCCAAGAAUGUCCAUAUCAACACCAUCGAGAGGGUUCUAACCUCCAAAUUCGAGACAUAAAACCCACCUUCAAUGCCAAGGCCCAGCAUGUAGACGUUUCCGGCAAGCACGCUUUCAUGCCUCCCGGGCCCACGGACAUACGGGGCCCGUGUCCAGGGCUGAACGCCAUGGCAAACCACAACUACAUUCCACGCAACGGCAUAGCCUCCCUCAUACAAAUGCUAGAGGGCUGCUAUAAGGUCUUCGGAGCAUCAGCAGAACUCUGUUUUCUUCUUGCAUUUUUCGGCUGUUUGUAUGGCGGAAAUGGGGUAAUGGUGAGCAUCGGAGGCCCCAGCGAUAAAGUUCCCCACGGCCCUCUCCCUACACCGCGAGGCCUCUCUUACACUCACAAUAGGUUCGAGUCGGAUGCCUCACCGACUCGCGGUGACCUCCACCAGUACGGCGACGCCGCGAAGCUUCAACUCUCGCAGUUCAAAGAACUUCUAGACAUGGAGAAAGGGCCCAACCCUCGUUACAACCUCGAGACUCUUGUCGCUUUCUACGCUAAACGUUUGGUCGAGAGCAGGAAGACGAAUCCGUACUACUUCCAUCCUCUAAUCCCGGCACUUAUCCUUUUCGGCGCUUAUCAGUUCAUUCCCGAGUUGAUGUCCAAUAAAUCCGCUGAAUACCCCGAGGGUUUCCUCGACCGGGAAACACUCAAGUCUUUCUACGCCGUCUCCGGGGAUGACGACAAUCUGAUCUACACGCCGGGACAUGAGCGCAUUCCAUCCAAUUGGUACAAACGCGCCGUUGGUGACGAGUACAGUGUGGUGAGCUUCGUUCAAGGACUUAUCGAGUUCUUGCCCAGGUACCCUCAAGUGCUUCAAAUCGGGGGUAACACGGGCACCGUCGACUCGUUCGUUGGAAUUGAUAUAGCCAAUCUGACUGGCAAUGCCUAUACGUUUCCGACCCUUCUCCAAGGAAACAAUAUGGCGUGUUUCCUUUAUCAGGUUACGCGGGCCGUAUACGUGGAUAUGUUGAAUGAUGCUGUAGAAUUCCUCAGUUCUGUUGUUUUCACAGUCUUCGGCACCGUUCUGAACGCUCAAAGCUUGCUGGAAUGCCCGCAGUUGACAGGAAUCAAUACAAAUUUGUAUUCGAUGUACCCAGGCUACAUGGAACUGCUGCCUAAUGGAUCAUAUAGCAGCCCUCUUCAACUUGUUCGUAAGCUGUGGCCGGAUCUAAGGAAAUUAUAACGAUUUUUUGACUCUUUAAUGUGGAGCGGAAAAUUUUUUAAAAUGUUGGGGCCAUACAUUGACUUGAUACCCAUCUGGAAAUGUUUUUUGGAGCGCACAAGCAUGUAAAAAAUAUUUCAAUUGGAAGUAUCCUAAAAGUCUUAUUUGUGCAAUGAGCAUUUCUAAUGUAUGUUGAAAUCAGGCUCAGAUUGAGAGUUCGAGGAGAGAAUGAAAAUUGUCGAAUUCAGUAGUUUGUAUGAUUCAGCAUGAUGAAUUGUAAUAAUUUAGAUCCCGUUUCAGGUAAGUUCUGUUUUUUUGCGCUGUAUGCGCGGAGUACGGAAUUCUGUACUCCGUGCAUACAGCGAAAUAGGUUAAAGUCAUCUGAAACUGGAUCUAAAGGCUUUUCGUGAAUGUUUCAGGUUCUCAAUAUCGACGGUGUACGUUUGCAACCACGUUUCUCGUCAGCAGUGUCUGAAGAUUUCCUCUCCUCUUAUUUUUUUGAGAAGAACAAAGACAUAAUUCCUUGAAGUUCUCACAGAAUUUUUUUCACCCAGAGUAGAAAAGUAACGACAGGUUUUAAUUUUUGCCCUUGAGUAGUCUUCCAUUUAAAAAACAAAGUACGACUUGAAAUCUGCAACGUCGCAAAUUGAGAUACGUGGUUGCAGACAUACACCAGCAAUAUAAUUAAUAUACUGAAGAUGUGUACAUUGAAUUAGAAAAAAAAUUUGACUUUAGCGAAAAAUGCGCAAAUAUCACUUCUACAUUGCAUCUCAGAACAGACUUCUUAAAUGUCUUGAAGCUUGUUAGUUUUGUUAAGUUGAAAAAUAUGUUCUUUAUUGUGAUCAGAUUGAAUCAAAUGUUAUUGCGUGAUGAGAGUACUAACUUUUAAGAUCGGAAUCAUUCAUAUCUAACAUAUUUAAUAGCAUAAAAAAAUAUUUAUAAUAAUAAAAUUGCUUAAUUUUUUAAUGUAAAUUGCUGUAGAUCUCUCUUAGCUGAGUUAGGAUAUAUCAAUGGUUGCCUUCCAUUUCAUUAAAAUUUCCCAUGAUGAAA